AUGUCUCACCAAACAAAGCAGCCCACCCCCCAACCCCCAGUGGGCUCCGGGAAAACCUCCGGCGGCGGCGGCAGCUCCGGCGGCGGCGGCAGCUCCGGCGGCGGCGGCAGCUCCGGCGGCGGCGGCUCCGGUGGUUCCGAUGGCGGCUCCGGUGGAAAAGUCAAGCACUCCGGGAGCGGUGGCAGCUCCGGCGGCGGCUCCAGCGGCGGCGGGGGCGGCUCCGGUGGUUCCGAUGGCGGCUCCGGUGGAAAAGUCAAGCACUCCGGGAGCGGUGGCAGCUCCGGCGGCGGCUCCAGCGGCGGCGGGGGCUCCUCCGGGAGCGACGGCUCUGGAGGCUGCGGAGGAGGUACCAGUGGGAAGAACUCCAGUGGCGGCGGCUCCUCGGGGGGCGGCUCCGGGGAUGGCCAGGGCUUCCCGGUCUGCCAUCAGACCCAGCAGAAGCAGACGCCUACCUGGCCAAGCAAAUAA